GGCGCUAGUGUACGGAGAGGUCAAAACUUUUACCGGUGUUACGAAAAACGCCGGGAUGGUCGCUCUCAUGCUUCUCUCUGGCAGCCCUGGCAGGAGCCAAUAAUAAAAUAAUAACAAAAAGAAAUGUGACGUUACACGUGUGCAUAUAAAAAUCGAAUAAUUGUUAACGAUUAUGUGAUGACGUAUGUUACGUGGGUUAACCACAACCGUACAAUUGCUAACCUUACAUGACAACGCACAGCGAAUGUUUUAAAAAACUUAUGCAUUUAUAUCUCGAAGACAAUUACCAAAACAGUUUGACAAAGCAGACAAGUAUUUAAAAUUUAUGUACGUAGAUAAAUUACAUGUACUCUGAUGGAGAAUGUCAUCCUUAAAGCGGAAUUGCUUUAUUAUGCACAGAUGCACAUCGGCUGUAUUUCGCAAUUUUCUCCAAUUGACUAUAUCAAUUGACCUACACUCGCUUAUCAGUAUAUUAUCGCGGCCUGUAAUAUAUUGUAAUACGGACAUAUAUCGGAUCUCCUUUAGUUGCCGUUAAACAUUUGUGAAGAUUAGGUGUUGUGUUUUUUUUUAUAUUACUUUUGUGUAUUCUUGUAUAUAUGUAAUAUUUGUUCAAUAAUAUUUCAUUCAUCUGUGGUGUAGCAAAAUUGCCAAUAGAAAUGCAUUAUGUAUAUCUAAUUUAUAUCCUUAAAAAUAAAUUUAAAUAAGUCUCUUUUUACAAGUCUAUCCAAAUUUUAUCCGCACUUUAUAUAGUCUUUAUUAUUUAAUUCAAGUAAUAUUUCAAUAAGAAGCUUAUAUUCUCUAUAAAAUAGCAUUAAGCUAUGAACAUAUGUGAGGAACAUCUUAAUAUUACGAUAGAUGAAAAUGAAAUUAUUGCUGGUGCCAAAGAUAUUAUUAAGAGAAUUCGACCAUCCUGGCCUUGGCAACAAUUGCAUUUCAAGGUAUUUACCGAUGGAAGAACAAAUAAGUUAAUAGGAGUAUGGUACUCAGGGCAUUAUACAGAUAUGAUCCUGAUAAGAAUUUAUGGCAAUAAUUCGGAUUUAUUGAUCGACCGAAAAAGCGAAAUAAGAAAUAUCCGGAUAUUGAACAAGGCUGGCUAUACUCAUUGCAUUUAUGCUACAUUUAACAAUGGGUUUGCCUAUGAAUUUCUGGAAGGUGAAACUUUGACCACUGAAACAGUCAGGAACACGAAAGUAUACCCAUUAAUUGCAAAACGUAUGGCUGAAAUGCAUAAUCUUGAGCCUGAAAAUGAGUCUGUGUCAAAAGAAGCUUUUAUUUGGGAAAAGACAAAGAAAUUUAUGCAAAUUAUGCCCAAAACAUUUUCCGAUGCCCUCAAACAAGCAAAGUUUGAAAGAUUGAUACCAUCCCAUGUAAUAUUGGACAAAGAAUAUAAAAUGUUAAAAAGUACACUUUCCAAAGUGAAUAGUCCCAUAGUAUUCGCUCACAAUGAUCUUCUACUAGGAAAUAUAUUGUACAAUAAAAAACAGGAGAAUGUCGUCUUUAUCGAUUAUGAAUACACUGCAUUCAACUAUCAAGCGUUUGAUAUAGUUAACCACUUUACAGAAUUCGCCGGUUUUGACGAGCCGGAUUAUUCUCUGUAUCCGGAUCCAAAUUUCCAAAAAUUAUGGUUGAAAGAAUAUUUGCAAGUGUACAAUGGAAUGACUAAUGUAUCCGAGAAAGAUGUUGGCAAAUUAUACUGGCAAGUUAUGAAAUUUACUCCCUUGCCACAUUUUUUCUGGGGUUGUUGGGCUCUCAUUCAGAGCGAACAUUCACACAUUGAUUUUGAUUUUUUGGAAUAUGCUGCAAUACGUUUCAAUGAAUAUUUUAAAUGGAAGGAAGAAAUUUCUAAGCUGAAAACAGAAUAUAACGAAUGAAACAAAAUGACUUAUAAAAAAACCGUGCAAAUGAAUAAUACGACAUUUUUGGAUACAU